AUGGUGGGCAAGGACUGCGUCGCUAUCGCCUGCGACCUGCGCCUGGGCAUGCAAGCCCUGACGGUGUCGAACAACUUCCCCAAGAUCUUCAACUACGCUCCCUCGACCUACCUGAGCCUUACCGGCCUGGCCACCGACGUGCACACCGUCUCGGAUCUCUUCCGCUACAAGGUCAACAUGUACCGCCUGCGCGAGGAGCGCAACAUCUCCCCCCAGACCCUGGCCAACCUGGUCAGCUCGUCGCUGUACGAGAAGCGCUUUGGUCCCUUUUUCGUCAGCCCCGUGCUGGCAGGAAUCAACCACACAACGGGGAAGCCGUUCAUCUGUGGCUUCGACAGUAUCGGGUGCAUUGAUUUUGCCAAGGACUUCAUCGUCAGCGGGACGGCGAGCGAUCAGUUGUUCGGUACUUGUGAGGGUCUGUGGGAGCCAGACCUGUCGCCCGAUGACCUCUUCGAGACCAUCUCGCAAGCACUGCUGAGCGCCGUCGACCGUGACGCCCUCUCCGGCUGGGGUGCCCAGGUCUAUAUUAUAGAGAAGGACAAGGUGACCAAGCGGUUAUUGAAGGGGAGACAAGAUUAG